ACAUUUAUCAGCACAGGAAAAACUUUUGGAGUGUGGAUUAAAACUGAUGCCAGAAAUCCAACCAACGUGAUCUACAACAGUAAUGGUGCAGCUUAUCCAAUGAGUAUUACUGGAAACCUGAGUCAGAGAGACUGCACCACUCUGUUUUCUCAUUUAACCACCACAAACACAUACUUCUUCAGAGUAGACAGUGAAAGAUUCAAGGCGACAGCAGACUGUAACCCUCUUCAAAUAACAGUCAGAGAUUCUCCUUGGAGGCCCAAAAUUACAAUCCCAGGUGAUCUGAAGGAGAAGGAGUCUGUCACUAUAACCUGCUCAGCUCUCACUCCCUGUCCACACUCCCCUCCUCAACUCACCUGGAAUCUCACACAAGACUCUCACAACAAAACAGAGGAAAACACAGAUGUAAGCUUUACAACUAAAAUCCAGCAGACCAUCACUCUGUCAGACACACAUGAUGGAAAGAAGAUCAGCUGCUCUGCCAGAUAUCCUGUGAACCAAGGAAAAGACACCAAGACAGCAGAGACAGAAGAGACUCUCAGUGUUUCAUAUGCUCCCAAAAACACCUCAGCAUCCAUCAGUCCAUCAGGUUUGGUGUCAGCAGGCAGCUGGGUGAAGCUGACCUGCUCCAGCAGAGCCAAACCUCCAGUCAGCAGCUUCACCUGGUUCAAGAAGAGCAGAGAUGGAGCUGUGAAAGUAUCUGAAGGAGAGAUUUACAGCUUCAAUGUAACAGAUGGAGGAGUUUAUUACUGUGUGGCCACUAAUGAUCUGGGUAAUCAGACAUCAGCAGAGAUUCAUGUGGCUGUUGCAGAUGUUCCUAAAAACACCUCAGCAUCCAUCAGUCCAUCAGGUUUGGUGUCAGCAGGCAGCUGGGUGAACCUGACCUGCUCCAGCAGAGCCAAACCUCCAGUCAGCAGCUUCACCUGGUUCAAGAAGAGCAGAGAUGGAGCUGUGAAAGUAUCUGAAGGACAGAUUUACAGCUUCAAUGUAACAGAUGGAGGAGUUUAUUACUGUGUGGCCUCUAAUGAUCUGGGUAAUCAGACAUCAGCAGAGAUUCAUGUGACUGUUGGAGAUUCUCCUAAAGACACCUCAGCAUCCAUCAGUCCAUCAGGUUUGGUGUCAGCAGGCAGCUGGGUGAAGCUGACCUGCUCCAGCAGAGCCAAACCUCCAGUCAGCAGCUUCACCUGGUUCAAGAAGAGCAGAGAUGGAGCUGUGAAAGUAUCUGAAGGAGAGAUUUACAGCUUCAAUGUAACAGAUGGAGGAGUUUAUUACUGUGUGGCCACUAAUGAUCUGGGUAAUCAGACAUCAGCAGAGAUUCAUCUCUCAACGCUUACUUACUGUGAAGCUGGAAACCUGGUUGGUGUCUACACUAUAAUGAAGACUGUGGGAAUCAUAAUGCUUGUGAGCACACUGAGCAUCUUUGAGUGCUGGUUCAAAUCAAGACGCUUCAACAAACAGACAUAGAGCUGUCAGAUGAGCAGAGUAACAUCACAUCACAUCAACUAAAGUGUCUGCAGGAUGAUAAAUGCUACCUGCUAAAGCAUUAAAACUUAACAUAUUUGUUUUGUAUUUUGAUGUUCAACAACUGUGUAUGACCAUUUUACUUUGACUAUAGGGAUGUUAUUACAGAGUGAUCUCUCCUCAAACCACUGUUGUUUUACCUAGGGAUGGGAAGUGAUAAGUUUGUUGUGAUCAGGGUCAUUACUCAAAAAAAGUAAAGUAGAAAAAUGUUAUUACACAUAUUACACAGAACUUUUCUUAAAGGUAAUGCAGUAUAUUGCUUAAGUACACGCAGGUUCAAAUGUUCACAAAGUGGCUAGCUUCACUAAAAAGGACCCCCCCCCCCUUUAUCAUGGUGCUGGGCAAGGUUCAGCAUUUACUCAGCUUUAACAUCACUCUGGAUUCUUGGCUAACUUUGUGUUAGCAUGCUGUCUGUUGUUUCUGCAUUAUAUCUGACCAAAAUGUUGUGUGGGCGUGAUCUCCAAAUGGUGCUGAUAGGUGUGGUUAGUUUUACAAGAACAGUCAAUUCAUUUCAAUAUGACAUGUCCAAUUUGCCAAGAGCCACGUAACUUGGCGCACGUUUAAAUAUUAACUGGGGAUUUUUGCUUUAGUGGGAAAUUUACAGCAUAGCUAUGUCGUAACAAUUAGCAGUAAAUUGUAAGCCACAAAAAUGUUUGAAUCAUUUGUGUACUUGAUUUAAAUAUUCUCCUUCCUAUGUUAUGUACCUUGAGAAGGGAACUCCCUGAUAUAAAUAUGCGAGAGGGCCAGUCUAAUAGUCUAUGUUCAUCAUUUCUCUAUAAGAUGUAAUAUAAGAUUCUUCUGCUUAUAUGUGUCAAGCUGACUUUACUGAAUGAAAGGCUUCAUAUUAUCUCCUUCUGUCAUCAUGUAAUCUUUGGCAGGUAGAUACUUUGAUUCUGUAUAUAUUCUAGUAUUACUGUAGCUCUUUGUAAAAACAUAAAAAGUGCC